AUGUCAUCAAUGGAUGAAUCUGUUUUAUAUCAUUUAAAAAAUUUGAAUGAUCACAAUAUAAUAUCAGUUUACAAAAAUCAAUUCAAAAUUGGUCGUGCUACAACAAAUGAUUUAGCUAUUACAAAUAAUCAAUACAUAUCAUCAUGUCAUUGUACAAUUAUAUAUGAUAAUGGACAUGUUUAUAUACAUGAUACAAGUUCAAAUGGUACAUUAAUUAAUCGAUCAAAAAAAAUUAAUAAAAAUGAUUCUCCAAUUGAACUUCAUUCAGGUGAUAUUAUUCAUCUUGUAUUUCGUAAAGAUGAAUCUCAAUCAAAUAUUAUUUUUCAAUUGGAUUUAUUAUUAGUAACUAAAUCAAAAAGUCAAAUUGAACAAAUUUUGAAAAGAAAACAUUCUGAUACUAUAUCAAGUCCAUCUAUGUCAACAAAUGAUACAAAAGAAAAUGUUGAAAUGAAACGAAUUAAAAUAAAUGAUGAAUUAACUACGAAAGUUAGUGAUGAUAUGGAAGAUAUACUUACAUGUGUUUGUUGUCAAGAUAUAAUGACAAAUCCAAUAUGUCUUGAACCAUGUUUACAUGCUUUUUGUAAUGAUUGUUAUUUGUCAUGGGAAGCUAUUCAACGUACUUGUCCAAAAUGUCGUGUGAAAGUAACGGAUAAAAAAAAGAAUGUAGUUAUUAAUGGUAUAUUAGAAGCAUUCUUCAAAGCAUAUCCACAUAAACGACCGGUAUUAAAAGCAAUUGAUAAUAGAAAAUGUAAAAUAAAAACAACAACUAAUACAAAUAUUGAAGUUGGUCGAAAUACUACAAUUUAUUUUAAUAAUAAUGAAAUGGAUAAUGAUUCUAUUGAUAAUGAUAAAGAUAUUAUUCUUGUAAUGAAUGCUCCUAUAUCUAAUGUUCAAUUAAUAUGUCGUCAAUGUCCAACAUAUAGUUUGGAUCGUACGAUGAAUAUUAUUUCAACUGAAUUUCAAUGUUGUCCUAGUCAAACUCAUAUUCUUUGUCAAUGUUGUAUACAACCAAUGCCUGAUAGACAAGAUGAUCCAAAUAUUCAUCAAAGUUGUGAAAUAUGUCAUCAAUAUUUUUGUAAUAUAUAUUUUCAACAAUGUUCACGAAAAAAUUGUCUUGAUUUUAAUUUUGCACCACGUCAUCUUAUUAAUCUUGUUAAUGAUAAUCCUAUUGAAUCACAAAUUAUUCAAAAUUUUCUUACAAAUCAUAAUGCAACAAUGCGUGAAUUACUUAUUGAAUGUUGUCGACGUCUUGAUAAAAGAGAAUUUACUUGUACUAAUAUUGAUCGAAAUCAUACUGUUCCAUCAACAAAAAUUGUUUGUUAUAAAUGUGCUUUAAAAAUUUUUAAAGAAUUAGUUUUUCAAUUUCGUAUAUCUAUGAAACAAAAUGAUAUAUUACCAAUAACAAUGCGUAAUCGUGAAAAUUGUUAUUAUGGUAAACAAUGUCGUACACAAUAUACGAAAGUUUCUCAUGCACAAAAAUAUAAUCAUGCUUGUGAACAAACUAAAUUUUGA